AUGCCGUCCAUACAACGCCUCAAGGAUCUGUUACAUGAACAGUUCACCAUUAAGGAUCUUGGCCCUGUAAAAUAUUACCUUGGAUUAGAGGUGAAGAGGACUCAAAAGGGUAUCUUUCUCAGUCAACAAAAGUUUAUUAAUGACUUACUUGAGGUGGCCAAUUUGUCACAGGCCAAUCCUCUCUCUGUUCCUUUCGAUCCUCAUAUUAAGUUGUAUGACUCUGAUGAGUCUGGACCACUCCUCUCUAAUGCUACAGUAUAUCGAGCAUUAAUAGGAAAGCUGUUAUACCUCACUACUACUCGGCCAGAUGUGGCUUUUUCGGUUCAACUUCUGAGUCAGUUCUUGCAUGCACCUCGACUCAAGCACAUGGAAGUUGUUCAUCGUGUGCUCCGUUAUCUGAAACUCACAAUGUCACAUGGUCUGUUUUUCCCUUCGGACAAUCCUCUUAAUUUCCAAGGUUUUUCAGACAAUGAUUGGGGAGCUUGUCCUCUUGAUCGUCGUUCUGUGGGAGGUUAUGCUUUCACAUUGGGACCAGCUGUAAUUUCAUGGCGUUCCAAAAAGCAGGCAUUAACAUCACGGAGUUCUGCAGAAGCAGAAUAUCGUGCGCUUGCAGAUGCUUCUUGUGAGGUUUUAUGGCUCAAGUAG